AUGGCUACAAUAUUAAAUAAAUCGCUCCCUACUAACAAUCAACCCGCAUCUUCUAUUAUGAAUCAAAUUAGACAUUCUCAAGUGCAUAAUAUUAUGACAAUGCAACAAGUAGUAACCUUGUCUCAACAAUACGGAUUAUAUGAAAACCAUGAUGAAUUAAUCGCUAUGCUAAUGUAUCUACACGAUUUAGGAGAAGUCAUCUACUGUGAUAAAGUAGGCGACGACGGAAUUAUUAUAACUAAUGUCGAUUGGUUAUUAAGUAUAUUUCGUUCUAUUAUUCAAUUACAAGAUUUUGUACAAGGAAGUGCACAGAUAAAACGUGACUAUGAUAUAGCCAGCCAAACAGGAAAAUUAUCAAGAUCAUACAUUGAUCAUGCUAUUUAUAAAUUUAAUUUAGAUGACAAUAGUAAGCAAACUAUAUUGGCACUCAUGCAUGCUUAUGAUAUUCUAUGUUCAAUUACAAAUGAGAAGAACGACAACGGCGAAGAAUGUCAAUACUUUGUUCCAUAUUUGUUACGAUAUGAUGUUAAGCCAUUCGAUUUAUCAAAAUAUCAUCAAUCAGAUUGGCUCUACAUCGGAUACGAGCAUACAGAUAUUCCAUAUCUUCCAGAUGGAAUUUAUUAUUGCUUGUUAUCUUCAUGUUUAAAGGAAUGGAAUAAUACGGACGUAGAAUUAUACUAUCAAUGUGCCAAAUAUUAUUUAGCAAAUGACAAUCACUAUCUUGUAGUCAGGAAAGAGGAAUCUCACAUCGGUUUACAAUAUUGCUAUCAGGAAAUAAAUGAGCUCAAGAGGAGUCAAUCGAUUAUCGAUAAAGUUAAAAAUUCUAUAUUUGUCAAACGGCCACACGAAAUUGUCAAGAAUAAACUCAUCUCCACUGUCAAUGAUAGGAUGGUUAAGUUUAAAGGGGCUGAUUGUCGAUAUUUCGUCAAAUGUAGUGAAUGUAAUACACAAACAAGUAUAACUGAAGAAUACAAGGAAGGAGAUCAAAAUUGGAUUCGAUGUAAGCAUUGUAAGAUGGAAUUUGCCAGUCAAUCUUUAAACGAUUGGGUGAUUUAUAAUGAAAAAUUCUGGAUAGAGAAAAAGAUAUAUGCGGAAGAUAAGGAGAGAGCAUGCUUCGAUUUAAUAGCAGCAAAACUAAAUGGAACCCAUAUAGUUCGUUUUGGAGUGUUAUUAAAGUUAACGGACACAAAGAUUAAUGAAAUUAAAUCAAGUCAGGAUGAAGGACGUUACGAUAAAGUGCACAAUGUUUUAAAAUCGUGGAAAGAUAAAGCUGGGAUGAAUGCUAAAAUCUCUGCAGUGGUUGAAGCUUUACGUAAGAUGGAAAUAAAUGCUUUAGCUGACGAAGUCGAAAAAAAAAUGACCGAAUGA